AUGGCUUCACCGCGUUCACAGGUUCCUGCAGCCGGAAUGUUCAGGACUGUCGCGAGUUGCUAUGACCAGCUGGGCGUCGAACGCAGCGCGACAGAGAGCCAGAUUCGGCGUGCCUUCCACAUGAAGGCUUUGCAGUGGCACCCCGACAAAUGCAAUGCCCCAGAUGCGGCAGAGCAGUUUCGACGAGUGAAUGAGGCUUUCAAGAUCCUCAGCUCUGACACGAGCCGCCGGGAGCACGAUGCCCAGCUCGAGGCGCGGCUGCGUCCCAGGACGGAGCCUCCCCAAGCGGCUCCCGUGCGGCGCCUUUGGGAGCCCCUGGCAGCCUUCCGGCAAGUGCUGCUGGAGGCGUCUGCAGGGAAGGUCGUCUCUGUGCCGGAGCUCAGGGCCUGGUCCGGGAGGUACGCGAUCCCGUUUCCAGCGGAUUGCAUCGAGCGUGGCGACCUGAUCUCCCAGCUGCUGCAUCAAGUCGAAGGUGAGCUGGACCGUCGUGUGCGGCAAUCCGCGUCUCUUUCACAGGAUUGGUCAGAGCUGCAGAAGGCAGACCUUGUCGCGUGGCUGGAGACUCGAGGCUGCAGCUUGAAGUUUGUCCUCCAUGACGAUGCCGUGGACAAGAAAAAGCUCAUCCAGAUCGUUUCUGGUUACUUGGCACGGGAGCCUUUCCCACCAGCUGGACGUUCUGCACAGAAGCCGGCAGCAUGCAGUCCGCAGAUGUCUGCAUCACCAACAGCAAGCCGAGCUCCAUCACCACCAGCACCUUCCUGCAAGCCUUGCACUCCUCGCGCUCCUGCCAAGAAGAGCAAGGCAAAAGGCGGCUUCUCCUGGGCAGCCUUUUGGCUUGGGGCCAGCAGGCCGGAGCCGGGUGGUGGCGCAAAGGCCGAAGCGAAGGCCAAAGCGAAGGCCGAGCCGAAGCCCAAGACGAAGCGCAAGGCCAAGGCCAAGGCCAAGCGUGAGGCCAAGGCCCAACCUCUGCUGUCGCCGCCCCCACGCAAGCGAAGCCAGAGCCAGUGCAGCUCUUGGCAGAAGAGGAGCCGGAGCGAGGCUGCUCCGGGCACGAAGAAGAAGGCAAAGGCGACACCCUUGAAAAAAAAGCCGCCCGUGGAAUUGCCCUCGUCUUCCAGCUCCAGCUCAAGCUCAGAAUCCUCGGAGAGCUCGAAGAGCUCGGAGACUUCGGAGAGCUCGCAGCCUCCGAAGGCCGAGGCGAAGCCGGCACUUCCUACGGUGAAGAAGCCUCCAGCCGAAGGUCCUCGAUGUCGUCGCCCUCGCAAGACGGCUGCCGAAACAGAAGCCCUUGCGAAGCUCGAGGAGCUGCGUGCAAAGCUCGAGGCCCUGCGUGAGGCGAGGAGGGAGGCAGACUACCCACAGGCUGCUCCCGUUCUGAAGGAGUUGGGUACGUUGGACGAGCAAAACAGGAUCAGCUGGAAGCACCUCCAACAAAGCAGGCUGUUUACCGAGCUGAACCGGGUAUUCUGGCGCCAGCAGGUGCACGGUACAAGUUUUGGUCUCGCCGGGGCUUUGUUGGCCAAGUGGGUUCGCCGGCGCGAGGAUGCUCUCAAAAAUGCCUGA